CUAGCAUUAGAGCCUUCACUCAUUUGUUUCGUUGAAGAAAAAAAAAUCCUGGUAUAUUGAAUACAAUCUGUUGUAAUUAAGAAACAAGAACACAACUUUAAGAAACAAGAACACAGCUUUCUUUAUAUAUAAUUAGAGAGCAUUUUUGAGAGAAAUUGAAUUCACAACCUAACAGAUUGUUGUCUAACGCUUAUAGCAUUUGAGUUAUAAUUUAUUUUAUUGCUUAAGAACACAGCUAUUAAUCGCCCAGUUCAAUUUUUUUUAUUGGUAAAUUUUUUCGUGUGAACAAUUGGUAUUGGUAAGUAUUCAUUCCCCUUGGUAUUAGUUCUUAUGAACACAUUCAAAAAUGUGUUGAUUGGUAAGCAGCAAGCACACCAACUGUUUGAUAAAAUGCUUAAACUAAAUUUUUUGUCAUCAUUUCUUAUAAUUAUUGCAGAAUUGCAUAAUAAUGGAGAAAUCGUCUUCAUUUUACCGCUCUGUAUACUCAGAGAUAGAGGAAAUUGGAUGGGAGUAUCUACUGACUAUGGCUGCUGAUCUUAUGUCUCUCAGCUUUCGCAUUAUAGAUCGAAAGGGACGAACGCAUAUUCUUGAAGUUCAAUUAGAUAAAAACUAUCCAAAAUGUCCUCCUUCAGUUUCCGCGGAUGCACCAUACAUUUUCCAUGUUGAAUGGUCGAUCAAUUCGAGAUUGAAAGAUCUGGUGCAGCAGUUCCGUGAGCAUUUGGAGAAGCUUCAGGAAUUUUGGUCUACCUUGGAUGAUAUUGAUAAUUCCCUUUGUGUUGUUAAUACUCACCAGUCAUCCCGUGCUAUUUCUUUUCGCCAAAUCGAUAUAGGAAAUGGCUGUUUUAUAAUGUUGUCUAUAAAUGUAAAAGAUCCUAGGGCCUUACCAGAGUGCCGAUUUUUGGGUUCAAGUUCGACAGUCAAUUCAUUGAGAACACUUUGGCAUAAAAAUUGCAAGCAAUGGAUUAAAGAGAGAACAUUUUCCGAAAAUCUUGUUUCCGUUCUAGAAACUGAAUUACCAAAGCCUCCAGAUGCCCAGAAGAGUAAUCGGGAAAUGGAAUGCGGAAUUUGUUAUGCUCAAUUUCUUCCAAUUGAUGACGAGCUUGGACCGAGGAGCGGGACUAGUACCGACUUCACGUGCGAAAAUAGCAAUUGCAACAGAGCGUUCCACAGUGUUUGUCUUGGGGAUUGGCUGCGCUCUAUCACAACAACAAGGCAAUCAUAUAAUGUACUAUUUGGGAAUUGUCCGUAUUGUUCAGAGCCGGUUGCAGUUAAAAUCAACUAUGCAAAGAUUUAAGUUUGGAUCUUCACUACGUUCUUGUCAAUAUCUCUUGGAUACGAGAUAUUCUUUUUUUUACUGUUUAAUUAAUUUUGACAAGCUAUUCUGCAGCAAAAUAUAGUUAUUCUAUUCAUUACUUUGGUACAAUGUUUUACUGAAGAUAUGAUAAAUGUUGAUUGUCAAUGCCUGAAUGUAUACUUAUUGCAGCAUUCCAUUGACAUUGACAGGUAGACUAUGUGGUUGAACCAUUAUGAUGCGAACUCGACCAUGUUUUUCCUUCGACAAAUUCGAAGAUGUAGUCUGAUGCAAUCAGUUUUCGCUUCAUGGUUAAUCGAGUUUGGUCCCCUACUUUGGAUAGCUGAGUAGAACUGCAACAGUUGAAGGUCCCCAUUUCUAAAGGAUUUGGAUUCUUGCAUCUUAUAUUAUAAUGCAAGCAAUUAACUGGGGGUGUCCAAAAACCGAACCGGACCAAACAACUGAAUUGAACAAAGGCAAAAAUAGUCAGUUUGGUCUGUUUAUUGUAAGAUAACAUUAUAUUUUUAAGAAUAAUUUGUGAGAGUUCUUUCCUGAAUCCAAAAGAGUAAAUAGAUUUUUCAGUAACUAAAAAGUA